AUGGAGCCCACCUACUACUACUACUACUACUACUACCGUCCUGUUGGCCAAGCUCAAGACCCGACAUGCAACUGUUUUGACACACUCAAUGCCCGGAGGAGGCAUGGCUGGCCAGCCCUCGGCGAUUUAACCGCGACAGCGUGUGCCUUUUGCGCUUUCUACCUCGAGUGUCAGAUUCGCUCCAAGGACAUGAAAGAACGGGGCGAAAAGGGCUUCGGCUUGGAGGGUUUCCAUUCCCUGGAGGGCUUUCGACUGCGACAUGCCGACGAAAAUGAAAAGGAGAACGACUUUCCCUCAAGAGAAUGUGUGCAGGAUGUUACCGCUAUGCAAAUCCUCGGAGUGAUGAGUACUGCAGGGCUCAACAGACAAGAGACGGGUGGCGGGAUACUGGCUAGGAAGCUCAUUCCCGACAAGGUUAACCACCGUCUCAUUGAAGAGUGGCUUCACCUUUGCCGGUCCGGACAUGUAUCAUGCGAUUCUCACGAGGGCGGCGCGGUUAGUGUGGGAACCGGCCAGAUCCCCGGCUUCCAAGUCAUCGACUGCACCACGGGAAACAUUGUGUCUUUUGCCUCUCUUUCCAGCAGUACCUCCAGUGGAGAGCAAUCGCAGACACCACCAGAAUACGUCACCCUCAGCUAUGUCUGGGGCCAAGGUGUUUUUGAAGGACCAGUCAAAAGGCAACAGCGACUAUCCCUCCCAGGCUCCCUACCACUAACCAUCAGCGAUACCAUCCAAGUCGUCCAGCGCCUCGGGUACAGAUACCUCUGGAUCGACCGGUACUGCAUCCCGCAGGACGACCUGCCAGUUAAGCAGAUCCAGAUCGAGAACAUGGGCCGCAUCUACUCCCGUUCUGUAUUAACCAUCAUUGCCGCCGCUGGCGAGGGGCCCGAGCAUGGGCUGCCGGGAGUUAGCGAGCGUCGGAGGGUUGAACAGCUUACUGUUCAAGUUGAUGCUCUUGCCGAAGGGAAUGGAAUCUCCCUGGCGUUAUACGAUAGGCCAAAACUCACCAUCAUGGACUCAAAGUGGUAUACCCGCGGCUGGACGUACCAGGAGGGACUCUUGUCUAGGCGGAGGAUCGUGUUUACGGAUCAGAUGAUCCGCACUUUGACGAGAUUCGCUCUCUCCCUUGACGACGAAGAGUCAAACUUCGGCUACAUCUUCCCUCGUCAAAUAACGGAUUGGUCCAACCCCGAUACCAUCUGGGAUCGAAUCAAUGAGUUUUCCAUGAGGCAGCUUUCGUUUGAUGCCGACACACUUGAUGCCGUUGCUGGUAUUUUUGGGAUGUACACAGCGGAGAAUUCGAACAAACCCAAAGGGGGCGGGACCUCAUUCUUUUACGGCAUGCCCAUCGCUCCUUUCCAGCUGCGAGACAAUGAUGAGAGGCUGUGGGUUUGUGAGUUGCGGAGUUUAUGGGAAACAGAUGAGGAUAUCCCCAGGAAAAGAAUUGGGGCGAGUUUCAAGACUAGUCUCACCUACCAACUAGUUAGCAGCCUCCUCUGGAGCGAUUCCUGGUUCAACCUCCUUGAACCCGACAGCGGCGGCGAUCCUUUUCAACAACAGCUGUCACAUUUCCGGAGACCGGUAUUCCCCAGCUGGACUUGGGCGGGCUGGAAGAUGUGUAUGGUCCGCCGCAAUGGGUUGAAUCCAACUGUUUUCGAUAGCCGCACCAAGAUAUGUGUAGAGUACGAAGCUGAAGCUGCCUCCUCAUCCUCGAGCGCAGGCCUCGCACAAGCACCAAAGGCAACACAAUGGAGGCGACUAGACUGGGAGCGAGAGAACGAGGAGAUCCUGAAGCUGGCAGGGAAUGGGGCUUACAAGAUCCCUGCACGUCUGAUUAUUAGGGGAACCGUGCUGGAUGUGAGGCUCAAGUGGCGCAAUGGCGAGAAGAACAACCCCGCGAGGAAGUUUGGGGAGUGGACGUUUACGUCGCCCGAGUUUGUGGAAGGGACAACCGACCGUAUUCCGAGGGAGUUGUUGGAGAGAGUGGAACCUGGAGGCCGUAAGGGAGAAGGGAUACAGGUCCUCGCCCUGAUACUAGCAGUACGGACCCAUGAUGAGGGCAAACCCAACGCUCUGUUGGUGUUGAUGUUGAGGCCCGUGACGAGAAUUUUGAACGGACGGCCGGAAACGAUGUUUGAACGCGUACACAAAGUAAUGCUGAAUGUAGAGGGGGAGUAUAAGCCGGAGUGGACACCGCUGUCUAAGUUGUUGCGGGAGAUGGAGGUGACGUUGAGUUGA